UCCAAAACCAAGCGGAGGCUUCGGGGCUUCCAGCCAUGGCUCCGAAGGUUCAGCUGGUUGUGCGGCACCUCUCCGGAGCUUUGUGCGCGGAGCUGGCGCUGGAGAGCAGUGCCACGGUGCAGCAAGUCCUGCAAAGCCUGCCGCCAUCUGAAGCGCCGCCCGGCGAGCCCACCAGAAGAAGGCUGCUGUUCCAGGGGCGUCUGCUGGAGGAGACGGCGACUUUGAGGGAGCUGAAGCUGGAAGCGCCGAUCGAGCUGCAGCUCGUGCAGCAGUCGCAGAAACUGGAGCGCCUCACUGCAAAGCCGGAGGGCGCCCAACGAAUUCAGUGCAGCAUGCUGGGCGAUCACCGGGCGGGGAAGACAAGUUUGCUGACACGCUUCGUGGGAGAGCCCUGGGUGGAGGAUAACUUCCCCGCGCGCAUUGGCCUCGACUUUAAGAAGGUCAGUCUGAUGGCCGGGGACGUGGGUUUGGAGCUGAUGCUUUGGGAUGCGCCGGCGGGCAAGGAGACCGCUUCCGCCAGACCUCGCAAGUCUUCUUCCGCGGCAAGCAGGCGGUGAUGCUGGUGUUGGAUCUGACAGAUUCUCAGUGUCUGCGCACCGCAGAGAUAUAUGACCGCAGCGUGCCGGACACGAUCGGUACCCGCGUGCUGCUGGGAAACAAGGCAGACCUUCAGCGAGAAGUCUCUGCCGAGGCGGUGGAAGACUUUGCCAAAGCCCUCGGGUGGACCUACUUCGAAGUCUCUGCCAAGGAGCGGCACCCGCCUGGAGAAGGUGCUGAGCUUCACCGUCUUCGACGUCCUGGAGAAGGCCGCCGGGCCGGCGGCGCCUGCAUCGGCCCAAACGAGCAAGGGCACGCCCUGCUGUGUCCAGUGAGGCCCUGGCCUCGUUGAAGCGGGGCUUCAGCUGUGCUGCCACACUGAGCCCAGCGGAAGUUCUAGGGGUAGCUUCCUUUUCCAGUCCAUGAUCA